AUGAUAGGAGCUAAUCUAAGAUUCGGCAUCGGCGCUUCCGGGAAUGUCACGUCCAACGCCACCAAGGUAUUCCAGUGUCACCCUGGUGGUGUGACCGAGGCCACUGUGAUAUUUAGCCUCGGUGCAUUGGGGAUGGGGGCAAAUAUUAUCCUCAUGACGUUGAUACUAGCGAAGCGACAGCUGCGCAGGUGGUCCCAGGGACUGUUAUUUCAUCAAGCCAUGGUAGAUUGUGCGAGAGCCGCUAUACUAUUGCCCUUAGGUUCCAGUAUAUUGAAUUGUCAGCCCGUUAACAAGUGUUCCUUGGUAGAGACCGCCUUUCUGUUGCUAGUGACCGUUUCCACAGUAAAUAUGCUAACGACCGUAUUAAAUGACAGUCCGGUAUUCCCAGAGGGCGACGAAGAGGCAGAUCUGACCGCUCCCUUGCUGAUGGAUUCACCCCAAUGCGUACUGUUUGGUACUUUCAUGAUCUGGUUCGCCAGCAUAACUAUCAAUCUGGGACCCACGUUUCUUAGUGGGGCCUUAGCGGCGAACACGGAAAGCAGUCAUAACGCGCCCAGUUGUCCAUUGGUACAUGGACCUUUUCGCCAUUACAUACUCAAUGCUCUCUGGAUUGUCAUCAACAUUAUUUGCAUAGCGUUAACGCUCUUUCAUUUACGAAAGUUGCACAGAGAUUUGACGAAAGCUAAUGUCGAAGCGGUACGAGUAGCUGGUCUUGUUACAACACUCGUUAAUGUGACAGGAGGACAUCAGGGUGCAACAAAUGCGCUUGUAACUGAAGCCGGUGAUAUAAGGAACGAUACGACACCAAAAAGAACGGGUGCCAUCGAGGAGCACCGGAAAAUGAGGAAUUACCUCAGGCGAAUAGAACACGAGGGUGUACAAAGAGUGAAAAUGUUCCUGGUCAUAACAGCAGCAUACGUCUUGUUCUGGGGACCAUUGUUUUUCGUUACUCUGGUGCAUCAUCCUGCCAUAGGAAAUCCUAUUGGUUAUGAGGUGACCCUACACAUCGCGUAUGUGCACGCCUUCAUAAACCCGGCUCUAUUCCUUCUUCUGCACAGAGGGUUGCGACAAGGGAUGUCGGACGUGUGUUGCGGCUGCUGUGAAAGCAUAGCCCGAUGGAUCCUUGGAUCCACUGCGACUGGUUCGAUGCAGAACGUUCGACUAUCUCUAUAUGAACCGCCAAUGAAUCUCCCCUCGCCGCCGGAUCCACCCAUGGCAGCUUCGGCUGCAUCACUGAGAUGUAAUCUCACUGACGUGGCUCUCCUACAACCACCUCUGCCACCGACUGCCAAGCAUUUACUGAUGGUAGAUUCUCUAGAUCCUUGGAGUUUGAUUUCAAGACCGAGAAGCACUUCUAGCCUGUAUGAAGAAGAACUAUCUAGGAGACCAAGCUUCCUGCUACCAUCACCAGCGGAACUGAACGAUCUACAAAUGAGUGCGACGAGUAGUGAUUCACCCAGCGAAUAAAUGGACCUUAAUUAACAUUAAAUCAAAAAACCAUAACGUUAAUCGAUUACAAUGUAAAAACAAUUGCAAAAAUGAUGAAAAACAGAAAAAUCCUUUCUAUAUCCUCUUAAUCUUCUACAGCAUUAUAUUUCAA